CGGAAAACACAGUCUCGCCGCGCACAGAUGCACCACAGGAGCUGCGACCUAUAUAACAUGCCACGAUCGCAAGCUCGAUCUGCAACCAUCGAAUCACUUCCCAUCUACCAUCACACCCUCGCAUCAUGGCUUCCGAUCUCGCCCCCUUCUGGUCCAAGGCCGACCGGUAUCUAAUGUCGACCGGCGUUCCUUUCUCGCCCGUCGUGAUCUCCAAGGCGCAAGGUACGCGACUCUUCACCACCGACAACCGACAGAUCCUGGAUUUCACCUCCGGCCAAAUGAGCUCGCUCCUGGGCCACUCGCACCCGGAGAUAGUCGAGGUGGUGCGCCAAUACGUGGGCGAAUUGGACCACCUUAUCAGCAACAUGAUCACUCAACCGGUCGUCGAUCUGGCCGAACGCCUGGCUCGUCUUCUGCCAGCCCCGCUGGAGAAGUCGUUUUUCCUUAAUACCGGGUCCGAAUCCACCGAGGCUGCGAUCAAGAUGGCCAAGCUGUAUACUGGUAAAUUUGAAAUCGUCGCUUUCUCGGCCAGCUACCACGGCCUGACGCAGGGCGCCGGGUCCGCCACGUACUCCGCCGGUCGCAAGAAUGGCGGUCCCACGAUGCCUGGCCAGCUCGCCUUCCCGGCGCCUUACGCCUAUCGCUCCAUCUUCCGCAAGUCCGACGGAUCGUACGACUGGGAAACGGAGGUGGAAUUUGGCUGGUCGAUGAUCGAUCGUCAGAGCGUUGGCUCGCUGGCUGCCUUGAUCCUGGAACCAAUUCUUUCGACCGGCGGCAUUCUCGACCUGCCCCGGGGGUAUCUCAAGCGCAUGAGCGACGAGUGUCGGAAGCGAGGCAUGCUGCUUAUUAUCGACGAAGCUCAGACCGGAGUAGGCCGGACUGGUCAGAUGUUUGCCUUUGAGCACGACGACGUGGUUCCUGAUAUUCUGGCGCUAUCGAAGACGCUCGGUUGCGGUUUGCCGCUGGCCUCGGUCAGCACAACGGCUGAAAUUGAACGUGGAUGCAACGAAGCCGGUUUCCUAUGGCUGACGACACAUCUAAACGACCCGCUCACGGCGGCCGUCGGAAACAAAGUGCUCGAGGUGGUGGAACGCGACAACCUGUGUCAAGCCGCAGCCGAACGGGGGGAGCAGCUACGCGCAGGACUGUUGAAGCUGCAGUCGAAGUACUGGUGUAUCGGUGAUGUACGUGGGCGCGGGCUUCUUCAGGGAAUCGAGAUCAUCUCCGACGCGCAGACAAAGGCCCCCGGGUCGGAUUUGGGCCAGGAAGUAUCGGACCGUGCCAUGGCUCGCGGUCUCUCCUGCAACAUCGUGAAUCUCCCGGGAAUGGGAGGCGUGUUUCGAUUGGCGCCACCAGUCACUGUGCGGCCAGACGAGAUCGAAGAAGGAUUGGAGAUUCUGGAUGAAGCGUUUGGAUACGUGCUGAACGCUCGACAGCUAAAGAACUAAUAGAGGACAUAUCUCUCCUGGGGAAAGCAAAAUUUCGAUUUCAAUAGUCUCAGAAUAAUGAUAGGAAAGAAGAAUUCUAUGAUCAG